GGCGGAUGUUUUUUAUUCAUCUAAGUGAUGUUGUGGAAUAAAUGGAUUCUACGUUGUUUAAUUAUAUUCAAUACAUUUUACUGGAUUACAGGAUGUAUUGCUUUAAGUGUUGGAAUUUAUGAAAUCACUUAUAGUGAUUAUCAUUUUCUUCGAGGAAAAUAUGAUUUCGGAUUAUUUACUGGAUCUUAUAUGAUAUGUUCAUGUGGGAUAAUUAUUCUAAUAUCUAGUCCAUUUGGUUGGGCUGGGAUCCUGUCAAGAUCAAGAGUUAUAUCAAUAUCAUUUUGUAUUAUUCUGGUACUUAAUGGAAUUUGUCUACUUAGUUGUGGAAUAUGGUCAUCAAAAUAUUCUGAAAAUAUACACAUUGAGCUAAAUGAAAUGUUUGAUAAUUUACUAAAAAAUUAUGAUGAGAAACGUUUAAUGGUGAAUGAUGAAACUAAAUUUCUCAAUUACAUUCAAUAUAAAUUUGAUUGCUGUGGUAAAUUAAAUGUUGAAGAUUUGUUAGAUCGUAAACCAAUUAUUGCAUGUGGAAUGAAACCAAUUGAGAAGAAGUGUAAUUAAUAAUUCAUUCAAUUAGGGAUGUUUAACGAAAGUUAUUGGCACGACAAAAUCCGGUCAAUUUCGUAUUGCAUUUGUUAGCAUCUGUAUAGCAAUGUGGCAGUUUUUCGGUAUCAUUAUUUACUCCUUCUUUACUUGUUCAAACUGGAAUAAUCAAAAUCACCAUGAUCAUCAUUUUGAUUAUUAGUAUUCAAAAAAAAGAAUACAAGGAACUUUGAAUAACGAUAAUGAUGGAAAGAAUUUUUAGACAGCAGUAUAUGUUACUAUAAAAUAUACUGGUAUCUAUGCCUUAACAAGAAAUAAAAAAAU